AUGCUUGGAACUGAAAAUUAUCGUGUUUAUAUUGAACUUCGACAGCAAAGUCCUUUAAAUAAAUCUACAUCAAAUACUUUCCACGAUUAUAGAACCUCACCUAUAGAAGUUACUGAUAUUCCAAACCCAUCAGCCAUCAAUAUGGGCCAUUCUUCAGAGCCAAUCAAAGCUGUGUCUUUGGGAGAAGGUACUAUUCGCUUAUAUCGAGAAUUUGAACCAGAAGAUGAUGAGUUGAGCCGGUCUGAACCAUUACUGGCUCAAGUGAUACCCGGGGAUGAUACCAUGGUAUGCAUUGUAGCAGUCCCAACAUAUUUCACAGCUACUGAUUUACUUGGAUAUAUAGGAAAUACGUAUAUUGAUAGUAUCACACAUAUCCGUAUCUUGAAGAGUGACAAGCCCAAUCGGUUUCUUGUACUUAUUAAGUUUAAAGACAUUUUAAAAACGGCACAAUUUCAAAAAGCAUUCAAUGGAAGGGCAUUUAAUUCAAUGGAACCGGAAACUUGUCAUGUGGUAUUUGUCAAAUCAGUGAGUAUCGACCAAGAAGCUGUGUAUAACCAAGAGGAUGAACUUAUCCCAUUCCUAUUGAAUGAUCCAUUUACGACCAAAGAACAUAUUCCAAUAGAUAAGGAGAUUGAGCUGCAAAGAUUAGUGGAAUUACCCACUUGUCCUGUUUGUCUUGAGCGUAUGGAUUCCUCUGUUACAGGAUUAUUGACUAUUCCUUGCCAGCAUACCUUCCAUUGCCAAUGUCUUACCAAAUGGAAGGAUGAUACAUGUCCAAUUUGUCGAUAUUCAAUUAAUGUUUCAAAUCAAAAGGUUCGUCGAUCGGUACGACGUUUACUGUUUUUCCGGAGACCAUCAUCUACUGGAAAUUUCUCGGUUGUUGGUGAUGGUAGUGGUGGGAGUAAUGCCUCUGGAGCAACUUUAUCAUCGAUAGCUGCAACCAUUCCUACUAGCACUGUUGCAUCUGAACAUUGUUCUGAAUGUACUAUUCUGGAAAAAUUAUGGAUUUGUUUAAUUUGUGGGAAUUUAGGUUGUGAUCGAUAUGCUCCACAACAUCAUUCACUUAAUCAUUUUGUAUCUACGGGGCAUUGUUUUGCCAUGGAAUUAGACACUUCAAGAGUUUGGGAUUAUGCAGGGGAUAAUUAUGUUCACAGACUUAUUGCCAAUGAAUCUGAUGGUAAACUUGUUGAACUUCCUGAAAAGACAACUGCAAGCUUUUCUAAUCCAGGACAAGGAAUGGGGAUAUUUGAUGGUUUUGGAAGUAAUACUAAUGGACCACUGAACAUAAAUAAUUCUAAACUUGGAACGAAUUCAUAUGAAAUUAAUGGUAAUAGUGGGAAUUUUGAUAAAGUUGAUGAAGUUGGAUUCGAAUAUUCACAACUUCUUAUCAGUCAAUUGGCCAGUCAACGAGAAUAUUAUGAAGAUUUACUACAAGAAGGAGCUGCAAGUAAAUCACGUAGAGGAUCCUCUAAACCAGAUCUUGAAUCUAAAGUAGAAGAACUUGCAGAGAAAUUAAAAUCUCUAACAGAAAUAUCAAUCCCAAAAUUAGAGAAAAAGUUAAAGGAAAAAGAUGAAAGAAUAUCCAUACUUUCAAGAGAAUUGAAUGAUUCUAAUACACUUAAUGAAGCAUUAUCGGAUAAAAUUGAUUUUCUUACAAAUUCAAACAAAGAAAUGCAAACACAAAACGAUGAUCUUUCAGAACAAGUUAAAGAUUUAAUGUUUUUCUUGGAAACGCAAGAGAAAUUCAAAGAUAAGUCAGAUGCCGAUAAGGAGGGACAAGUAAUCAUGCAUAAGCCACUGAGUUCAUCUAAGUCUAGACGCAAGGGAAAGAAAUGA